CUUUGGAAUGAAACUACAGAAAAAAAAUUGGGAGUCCUGGCAGAUGAAGACAACACAUUGCAACAGAAUAGCAGCAGUAACACCAGUCACAGCAAUGUCACGCAGAAAGAAAUCACACUGCCUUCAAGACUGGUCUAUUACAUCAACCAAGACUCCGAAAGCCCUUACCAUGUUCUUGACACAAAGGCAAGGCACCAGCAAAAGCAUAACAAGGCUGUCCAUCUGGCCCAGGCAAGCUUCCAGAUUCAGGCCUUUGGCUCCAGGUUUAUUCUUGACCUCACACUGAACAAUGGCUUGCUGUCUUCUGAUUACGUGGAGAUUCACUAUGAGAAUGGGAAGCCACAGUACUCUAAGGGUGGAGAGCACUGUUAUUACCAUGGGAGCAUCCGAGGCGUCAAGGACUCCCGGGCAGCUCUGUCGACCUGCAAUGGACUUCAUGGUAUGUUUGAAGAUAAUACCUUUGUGUAUAUGAUUGAACCACUGGAGCUGAUUCAUGAUGAGAAAAGCACAGGUCGACCACAUAUAAUCCAGAAAACCUUGGCAGGACAAUAUUCUAAGCAAAUGAAGAAUCUCAGUGUGGAAAGCAGUGAUCAGUGGCCCUUUCUAUCUGAAUUACAGUGGUUGAAAAGGAGAAGGAAGAGAGCAGUGAAUCCAUCUCGUGGUGUGUUUGAAGAAAUGAAAUAUUUGGAACUUAUGAUUGUUAAUGAUCACAAAACGUAUAAGAAGUAUCGCUCUUCUCAUGCACACACCAACAACUUUGCAAAGUCUGUGGUCAACCUCGUAGAUUCUAUUUACAAGGAGCAGCUCAAUACCAGGGUUGUCCUAGUGGCUGUGGAGACCUGGACUGAGAAGGAUCACAUCGACAUCACCACCAACCUUGUGCAGAUGCUCCAUGAAUUCUCCAAAUACCGGCAGCGUAUCAAGCAGCACGCUGAUGCUGUGCAUCUCAUCUCGCGCGUGACAUUCCACUAUAAGAGGAGCAGUCUGAGUUACUUCGGAGGUGUAUGUUCUCGCACAAGGGGAGUUGGUGUGAAUGAGUAUGGUCUUCCAAUGGCAGUGGCACAAGUAUUAUCGCAGAGCCUGGCUCAGAACCUUGGAAUCCAAUGGGAACCUUCUAGCAGAAAGCCAAAAUGUGACUGCACAGAAUCCUGGGGAGGCUGCAUAAUGGAGGAAACAGGGGUAUCCCAUUCCAGAAAAUUCUCAAAGUGCAGCAUUUUGGAAUAUAGAGACUUUUUACAGAGAGGGGGUGGAGCCUGCCUUUUCAACAGGCCAACAAAGCUGUUUGAGCCCACAGAAUGUGGAAAUGGAUACGUAGAAGCUGGGGAGGAAUGUGAUUGUGGUUUCCAUGUGGAAUGCUAUGGUUUGUGCUGUAAGAAGUGCUCUCUCUCCAAUGGGGCCCACUGCAGCGACGGGCCCUGCUGCAACAAUACCUCAUGUCUGUUUCAGCCAAGAGGAUAUGAAUGUCGGGAUGCUGUGAAUGGGUGUGAUAUUACCGAGUACUGCACUGGGGACUCGGGCCAGUGCCCACCAAAUCUUCAUAAACAAGAUGGAUAUGCAUGCAAUCAAAAUCAGGGUCGCUGCUACAGUGGGGAGUGCAAGACCCGGGACAACCAAUGUCAGUACAUCUGGGGAACAAAGGCUUCGGGGUCCGACAAGUUCUGCUAUGAAAAGUUGAACACAGAAGGCACGGAGAAGGGAAACUGUGGGAAGGAUGGAGACCGAUGGAUUCAGUGCAGCAAACAUGAUGUGUUCUGUGGAUUUUUACUCUGUACCAACCUUACCCGAGCUCCACGUAUUGGUCAACUUCAGGGAGAGAUCAUCCCAACUUCCUUUUAUCAUCAAGGUCGGGUGAUUGACUGCAGUGGUGCUCAUGUGGUUUUAGAUGAUGAUACAGAUGUGGGCUACGUGGAAGAUGGAACUCCGUGUGGCCCAUCCAUGAUGUGCUUAGAUCGGAAGUGCCUACAGAUUCAGGCCCUGAAUAUGAGCAGCUGCCCACUCGAUUCCAAGGGUAAAGUCUGCUCAGGCCAUGGGGUGUGUAGUAAUGAAGCCACCUGCAUCUGUGAUUUCACCUGGGCGGGAACAGACUGCAGUAUCCGGGAUCCAGUUAGGAACCUUCAUCCCUCCAAGGAUGAAGGACCCAAGGGUCCUAGUGCCACCAAUCUCAUAAUAGGCUCCAUCGCUGGUGCCAUCCUGGUAGCAGCUAUUGUCCUUGGGGGCACAGGAUGGGGAUUUAAAAAUGUCAAGAAGAGGAGGUUCGAUCCUAGUCAGCAAGGCCCCAUCUGAAUCAGCUGCGGCGGAUGAACGGUGCCUCGCACUGUUGGAUUCUGGAUGUGACACGCUUUCAGCAAUGUUGCCGGAACUGUUAAGUCUGUAAACAAGAACACUGGGUGGUCAUGACUGUAGAACUCAAGUUGGGGUGACCGGGAUGAGGUCAAAGGAAACUGUCCUUUUUGGAAAUCAUUUCAAAGAACUCCUCCCACCACCUGUCAAUAAAAGGGGGGCAAAAGACAAUGUUCUAAAAAGAACUGUUUCAGAAUCUCUUUUUUUUUUCUAAAGGAAGAAGGAACAACAACAAAAAUUAAGUGCAAUAAAUGAACCAUUAAAGAUAGCAAAUGAUUUUUUUUCUUCCUCAGCCUGCUGGCACUUAAUAUCUUCUAAAUGAUCUGGCAUGAUUUCUUUUCUCUUUUCCUACCAAUGACACACUCCAGUGGCAUGAAGAUCUAAUUUUCGAAAGGGUAAAAUCUGCAUGGCAUAUCUACCACAAGCAGCUAGCAAGCCAAUCCGCAGCCAAACCUGCAACUGAAUUCCUAAGGUGGAGAUGACAGGUGAACAUGAGG